AUGACUGGCUUUCCGGAAAAUGAGACGAAACCCGCUUUAUCACUUUUUUCAUUAACACUAUACUCAAGUGGGUCUUCCUUUGGGCUUUGGCUGGCCUUGGCUUCAGUGUUCCUCUCUCUAGGGUUCCUAUUUUGUGCGUUGGAAGUUACGGCCUUCAAUCUUUUGUUGGAGUGGUUGUCUAUUUCUAUAGGUGUCAGGCCUACAGACCUCCCCUCUACAUCGAUGAUGAUGGAUGCUAGUGGGGCCGGGGGGGGGGGGCCUUCUCAGGGAGUCGGGCAGCGGCUUCCUGGUGCGCUCGAAAGAAAUUCCCCGGGCAUAAGCGGGGAGUCUAUCUUUAGGGACUUUGAACAGCCCGGAGGAGAGCCCGCACCUAAACCAGAGGCUGCGCAGCCUGGGCAAGUUCCAGAAGGGCCACUAGGGGAAGUCUUUGAGAAGAUCAAUACAAGACUUCUCUUUGUUGCCUCUAAAAAGAGGGGGAGGCAGCCCCCCAUAGAUGAGAUUAUAACUUUGAUUAACCUCAAAAGUAAGGUUAUAUCUCGGAUGGCCGAGCUGGACCCAGACCCUUUAUGGGUUGAAAACCGAACCAGCCUUCUGGUCUGGGAGACUCCAUUUUAA